AUGCGACAACAAACGGAUCUUCAAUGGAAGCAGGUGAGUGCCAGUCGAUGGGAGCGUGGCAUCGACGAGGUCGAACAGUUUUACACCUCGUUGGCGAAAUCGUACGAAGGCAGCGGGCGCAACUUCUUCGCCAUCACGGGCUUCGUGUCAUUCUCUGUCAAGACAGACGACGGUGUUUCCCAAGAGGAAACAAGAAGAAAAGUUGAGGAUGCACUGCGCAAGGCAUGGGUGCAUCUGCGUUUCGACCACCCGACCAUUGCGUCCUGGGUAGAAUGGGACUCCGACCGCAAGCGCUGCAAAAAGAUAUACGAGUCUCCCGCCGGGCAAGACGGCCUUCAAUUGUGGCUGGAAACUACGUUUCUCACCAUAUCAAACGGCGUCUCCGGGCUGGAAUGGUGCAAUUCAGAUCCUCCGGUGCCUAAGCUACCGACUCUCUUUUUGAUAUGGCCCUCUCCUCGCGUCGAAGGACUACUCCAGGGUGAUCUUGUGCUCCGAGCUCAUCACGACAUCAUCGACGGCGUUGGGACGCUGAUGUUAUUCGACAAUCUCUUUACCCAUGCGGCGAGAGCCUACAAACGAGGGUCGGAUUAUCCUCUCCCUUGCUUCGGUAUAGAAUAUGCGAACUUGAGUCCCCCGUUCCGUGUAGCUGCGGGCCUGCAGCCAAGCAUGUCUCCCGAGCAAACGGAGAAAUUCGAGUCGAUCAGGGCAUACAACGCGUUCAUGAAGCAGGAUCCGGGUCGACGGCUAGGCCUGAGUGUAACGCAUGCGUACCAUACGGCAAUUGCGAUGGCGGUGCGGGAUCUCCAGGAACGGCGCGAUAGCGAACGCCUAGUCAGGUAUAUCAAUUACAGUUUGAUCAAUGAGCGCGGACAUUGCCUGUGUCCGUACGAUACCCCUCUCCAUGCAGCGGCCGUCUACCACUCCGUUUCGUGCAGGUUGCUCGUUGUUGAUACCACAGUUCCGAGUAUAACCGAUAGCUCGACGACAGAGGUGAGUAGAGAGGAGUUUCUAAGGGUCGCGAAGACUGUCAGGGAGUUCUAUCGUGAAAUGAGAAGGGACAAGGAUUACAUUCAAAUGAUACCCUCGUGGUAUGCCAGCAACACUAUUCCCUACCCGCACGAUGAUGCCACGCUCCCAAUCCCAGAACCGAAUCAAUCGCCUUCAGUUUCAAUCUCCAGCUUGGGUGUGGUGGACAAUGUGAUUAGCCCUUCUCACGGGACAUUCGAGCUGGAUAGCCCUUGGGUGACUGGGGAGGAACUGGGGACGGGUCUCGGACUGUUCCUGGGGACCUGGAAGGGGGUACUGACCCUGAGUGCGGCAUACAAUGAUGCGUGGCAUGACAAGGAAGAGGUAGUGGAGUUUAUCGAGCGAUGCAAUGUUAUUGUUGUCCAGGGAUUGGGGUCGAGCAAGGAUGGCCUUAGUAGCAUCAUCUAG